AUGGCCCGAAAAAAUCGUGAAGUUGUUGCCAUAGCCCACAAUAGUAAGGGUUACGACAGCAUAUUCAUCCUAAGGGAGAUUAUGAAGAACCCUUCGGCAUGGAACCCUCAAAUUAUCGCAACGGGUACUAAGAUUACGUCGCUAGCGUGCAACAACAACGUCCGUUUCAUCGAUAGCUUGAACUUUUUACCCGUCCCUUUAAGUGCGUUGCCAAAGACAUUCAAUUUUGAAGGCUCCAAAGGAUAUUUCCCACAUUUCUUUAACACGAUUGCUAACCAAGACUACGUCGGAGCCCUACCUGCAAUAGAUUUCUACGGAGCCAAUGAAAUGUCUCCGAAAAAUCGUAAGGAAUUUAUGCAAUGGUACGACGCAGAAAUCGCCAGGGACGUCAUCUUCGAUUUCAAACGUGAAAUUGUGACGUACUGCACCCAAGACGUCAACAUCUUGCGACGUGCUUGCAUAGCAUUUUGA